AUAUUUGGAAGGGAUUUUUUCUUCUUCUUCAAUUUAACUUAAAAGAAAGAAAGAUAAAAAGAAACUAAAGGAGCAUCUCUCCGGAUGAGAAGACUAAAUGAGCUGACACACUCCAGAUUCUCCUCUGCUGCAUCGGAUCUGGGUGUGGAAGAUUCCUGCCAUCACAUGCAACGAUUCACUGACUGAAAAGCUUGUAUAGAGAAAAAUAAAGAAGCAAAAUAACGUUGCCAUGGAUCUAAAAGACUAUUACCUGUUGGGUGCUCUGCUCGCAUGCAUAUGGCUCGAUCCAUCAAUAGCUCAAGAGCUAAUCUAUCCCAUCAGGGAGGAAUUGCAAGAAAAUGUCCUCAUUGGAAACAUACCAAAGGCCCUGAACAUCUCCCAUAUGAACACUGCCACUGCAGCAAGUGUUAAUCUAGUGUACCGGCUUGUCUCCAAAACGGGAGAUAACCCACUAGUCCGUGUUCUGAGCAGCACUGGAGAAAUAUUCACCACAUCAAACCGGAUCGACAGAGAGAAGUUGUGCCCCGGCCCCUCGUUUGAGGACAGCGAAUGCUCCUUUGAUAUCGAAAUGGUCAUCCUGCCUAAUGAUUAUUUCAGGCUGAUUAAGAUUAAAAUAAUCGUCAAAGACACGAAUGAUAAUGCCCCCAUGUUCCCGUCCCCGGUGAUCAACAUUUCCAUCCCCGAGAACACCCUCAUUAACAGCCGCUUCGCCAUCCCCUCUGCCACUGACCCGGACACCGGCCCCAACAGCGUCCACAAAUACGAGCUGAUCAACGGGCAGAGUGCCUUCAGCUUAGACAUAGUUGAGACGCCUGAGGGGGAGAAGUGGCCCCAGCUCAUCGUGCAGCAGAAUCUGGACAGAGAGCAGAAAGAUACGUAUGUGAUGAAGAUUAAAGUAGAAGACGGCGGCGUUCCACAGAAAUCCAGCACUGCCAUUCUUCAGGUUACAGUAACAGAUGUCAAUGACAACAAACCAGUGUUUAAAGAGAGUCAGACAGAGGUGCAUAUUCCUGAAAACUCCCCCAUUGGCACAUCUGUUAUGCAGCUCCAAGCCACAGAUGCAGACAUAGGAGCAAAUGCAGAGAUACGUUAUGUAUUUGGGACUCAGGUGUCCCCUGCUACAAAAAGACUCUUUGCAUUAAACACAACAUCUGGCCUAAUUACAGUGCAGCGACCUCUGGACAGGGAGGAGACUGCUAUUCACAAGCUCUCUGUUUUAGCCAGUGAUGGCAGCUCGAGUCCAGCCAGAGCUACCAUCACCAUAAAUGUGACUGAUGUAAAUGACAAUCCACCCAAUAUAGACCUGAGAUACAUAAUCAGUCCCAUUAAUGGCACUGUUUUCCUCUCUGAGAAGGAUCCCAUCAAUACAAAGAUAGCUCUCAUCACGGUGUCAGACAAAGACACAGACAUCAACGGCAAGGUCAUUUGUUUCAUAGAGAAGGAUGUGCCCUUCCACCUGAAAGCUGUGUAUGACAACCAGUAUCUGUUAGAGACAUCUGCGCUGCUCGACUACGAGGGGACGAAGGAAUACAACUUUAAGAUUGUUGCCUCAGAUUCUGGAAAGCCGAGCUUGAAUCAGACAGCCUUGGUGAGAGUCAGGCUGGAGGAUGAGAAUGACAACCCACCUAUUUUUACUCAGCCAGUCAUCGAGCUGGCCAUCAUGGAAAACAACAAACGCGACCUGUUCCUCACCACGCUCAGCGCCACAGACGAGGACAGCGGGAAGAACGCAGAGAUUGUGUAUCAGCUGGGACCAAAUGCAUCGUUUUUUGACCUGGACCGUAAAACUGGGGUCCUGACCGCAUCCAGGGUGUUUGACAGAGAGGAUCAAGAUAGGUUCCUCUUCACUGUUACAGCUAGAGAUAAUGGGACCCCCCCUUUGCAGACGCAGGCAGCUGUUAUUGUAACUGUGCUGGAUGAGAAUGAUAACAAUCCCAAGUUCACACAUAACCACUUUCAGUUCUUUGUGUCAGAGAAUCUACCUAAAUACAGCACGGUGGGAGUGAUAACUGUCACAGAUUCUGAUGCUGGAGAAAAUGCUGCCGUCUCUCUUUCUAUCCUGAAUGACAAUGAAAACUUUAUUCUUGAUGCGUAUUCUGGGGUGAUAAAAUCCAACGUGUCGUUUGACAGGGAGCAGCAGAGCUCGUACACUUUUGAUGUUAGGGCUGUGGACAGUGGUAGACCGCCUUGUUCCUCAGCUGCAAAGGUGACCAUCAAUGUCAUUGACGUCAACGACAACACGCCCAUCGUCAUCUACCCCCCCUCCAACACAUCGUUCAAGCUCGUCCCUCUCUCCUCCAUUCCUGGAUCUGUGGUAGCAGAGGUGUUUGCAGUUGAUGGGGACACGGGGAUGAACGCAGAACUGAAAUACUCAAUUGUGAGCGGGAAUAACAAGGGUUUGUUCAGAAUCGAUCCAGUCACUGGAAAUAUCACGCUUGAGGAAAAACCUGCUGUAACUGACAUAGGCUUACACAGACUAGUGGUCAACAUUAGUGACCUGGGAUAUCCCAAAUCACUCCACACUCUUGUGCUGGUAUUUCUGUAUGUUAAUGACACUGUGGGCAAUUCAUCAUUAAUUUAUGACCUCAUCCGGCGCACCAUGGAGACCCCGAUUGACAGAAACAUUGGCGAAAGCAGUGAAACUUACCAAAGUGGUGACUAUCUAACUAUAAUGAUAGCUUUCAUUACCGGCGCUUUAGUGGUGAUUAUUGUCAUCUUUGUGACGGUGCUGCUGCGGUGUCGCCAUGCUUCUCGGUUCAAAGCUGCACAGCGAAAAAAGCAGGGGGCCGAGUGGAUGUCGCCCAACACAGAAAACAAGCAGAACAAGAAGAAGAAACGCAAGAAAAGGAAGUCCCCCAAAAGCUCUUUGCUCAACUUUGUCACCAUCGAGGGGAACAAGCCUGACGACCCUGCCCAUGAGCCAAUCAACGGAAGCAUCAGUCUGCCCACAGAGCUGGAGGAGCAAGGGAUUGGACGCUUUGAUUGGAAUGCCACGCCCACCACCACCUUCAAACCCACCAGCCCAGACCUGGCCCGGCACUACAAGUCUGCAUCGCCGCAAUCGGCCUUCCACCUCAAGGCCGACACACCUGUCUCAGUCAAGAAGCAUCACGUCAUUCAGGAACUCCCGUUGGAUAACACAUUUGUUGGGGGUUGUGACACCCUUUCCAAGAGAUCCUCCACGAGCUCAGACCACUUCAGUGCCUCAGAGAGCAGCUCCCAAGGAGGGUUCAAAACCAAGGGGCCCAUGCACACCAGACAGCAGGGGACAUUAACUCGUGCCCGAACCGAACUGAAUCCUGAAUAUCUGGACCUUCGUCCGCGAGCAGAGUUGAAUCCUGAAUACUGGACCCCUUGCACCCCUUUAUCCCAGCGGCGCGUCACGUUUCACCUGCCGGACGGCUCCCAGGAGAGCUGCAGUGACAGCGGUCUGGGGGACCACGAGCCUGUAGGCAGUGGCUCUCUCCUUACACAACCUCUCCCUCUGGUGCAGGCGCAGGAUGACUUCUACGAGCAGGCCUCCCCCGACAAGAGGACCGAAGCCGACGGCAACUCAGACCCCAACUCUGAUGGCCUCCUGGGACCACGUGGCCUGGUGGAAGCCACAGAGAUGUGCACGCAGGAGUGCCUCGUCCUGGGACAUUCAGACAACUGUUGGAUGCCUCCAACGUUAGGAACGUACCAGCACCCUAAGUCACCUGUGUCCAGCUUUGGGUCUCAGAGGGAGUGGGGUCCAAAGGACAAACUCCUCAAUGGACACACUCUUUCUAGAACCUGGAAAAAUGAGAGCGGACGUUUGGAGCAUUUUGGUGACAGGAAGCAGUUUGGGAGCGGAGAGGGACACUUCAGCAGCAGUGGCAUUGCAGAUAUUCCUUUGGUGAGUCUGAAGUCCUGCCAGUCAGCCUCCUGUCCAGACAGCCCGAAGGACCAGCAGCUAUAAGAUGGACCUUUGUGCAGUUAGGAACCCUCAUAUCUGGACAGAGUACACAGGUGGUGCAUUUCACCUGAGCUCCUGAUUCAUCGGUUUAUUUCUCAUUUCAUCUUUUUCCUCUGAAUUUGAUGCCUCUGCAGUGUAAAAGCCACAUGUACUGUGUAGGCAAGAAAAAAAAAAGUACUGAUGCUUUGUUCUCCUCAAGAAAACGUCUCUGUUGCUCUACGGGAAAAAUCAUGGAUUUAAUCAAUGUUAAAUAACAUUUCCUGUGCACUUCAUGUGUGAAUUGAACACGUGGAGGAAGGACUUGCAUCAAAAAAAAAAAAAAAAAAAAAAAAGACUGACCAAUAUAUUCAAAUAUAUGUGGUGUGAUUGUUGUCCAGGACUAUAUUAAU